GAUCUACAUAAACAUAGGGAACCUAUCGUCUUGUUAGAGCGAUUGCGACAUUACCCAGAACAACUCCAAGCAUCAUCAUCGGCAGCAUCUCAACAAUAUACUAUAAGUCAAAUGAAAAAAGUAACUACAGCACUUAAACAUAAUAUGUGCCUUCGAUCUAAGAAAAAAUUAGCCAAAUUUGUUAAAAGGCUAAGAAGCAAAAAUAUUAUUAUAAAAAAUAAACGGCAACCUAAGGUUACCAAAGAUGUCUCAAGUUUAGAAUCGAUAGAUUCUUGCAAUGAAGAUGACAAACCUUUAAUGUACCUUGCCAAAGAGGAGAAAAAUAAUAAAAUAGUGAACAAGACAUUAAGUACUACUAUUAGAGAAAAAGAGAAGAAAGUAAGUUUUGACAUUGGUCCCCAUGAACAUGUGGCAUCUGAUUCUUAUGAACCACAACAAAAAAGUCGGCAACAGUACCCACACAGUCACAACUCUGCAAGACACAAAGAUGGACUUACAAGACGAUCAAUAGUUCACACUCGGUCACAUAGGAGGUCUUCAAUUGGUACUCGUGAAUUUGAGGAAAUUCCUCUGGGACCUGGUCGGCGACAUCGCAGUCGAUCCAUGCUAAAAACAGAUAGAGUGAAAAGACAGCGCUUGCGCACCCGCACGAGUCGACGGUCGGUGGCUGAUGCCUGCCAAUCAGACCAUGGAGAGCUGCAGGGAAAUGACGAAUCUUCCUGUAGUACCUCACCACAGAAAAUAGAUGAAACAAAAAGGAAUGGUUUACAAACUCAGCGGCUUACUUCCCUUUCUGUUGAUGAUGCUUCUCUAUCAAGACAGGAAGAACCGAAAAAUGGACAACCACUUAGUGAUAGCUUACUGCAAAAUACAGAUAACAAGAUCAAGCAUCCUGUUGAUAAGGAAAAACCUCAGAAAAUAUGUAGCCAACCAUCGACAUCCAGCAGUAAAUUAACUACAACUAAAGACUCUCCGAUAGCUGACAUCAACACCACACCAAAGUCAUCAACAUCCCUGCGUCUUCCUAAAAAAAGACCAUCCAAUUCAACACUCGACUAA